UGAAGUUUUAUUUUUUCCAUUUGAAGCAACAAGCGUUCUGUUCAAGUCUCUGUUUUUUUUUGCUACAAAAGGAAAAAUCUCUACAUCAAAAUAUAAGAUCCAGAGAGCGAGACAAAGAGCACAAAGAAGUGAAGAUGAACAAAGGAAACUCUUCGGAUGAUUGUCUUCCAAAGUUCUUCAAAGUGUACUUACCUGAUGAAUCCGGAGAUGAUCUCAAAAUACCCAUUUCUUUCACCAGCUUUGUACCAAAGCCUUUUCCUAAAACUGUAACGGUUAGAAGCAUUUCUGGGAGCUCUUGGGAAUUGGCGUUUAGGAAAUGUAGUGGUGAUGUUGAGAGUUUUGUUGUUGUUGAUGGCUGGAAGUUGAUUGCUAAAGAUGAAAAUCUCAAGGGUGGAGACUUCUUGGAGUUUGAGUUUGACGGCUCUCGGCACUUCAACUUCUGUAUCUUCGAGCGUGAGACGAUGUGUAAAAGGAUAAGAAGUUGUCCAGAGCAAAGCCAGGAGAUCAAACUGGAAUCUGAGAGUGAAGAAGAAAUUCGAGCUUCUGAUGACGUUUUAGCUCAUGAUGAGGAUGAUGAUGAGGAUGAUUCUGAUUAUGAUAGUGAUGAUGAUGAUGAUGAUGAUGAUGAUGAUGAUGAUGAUGAGUCUAAUGACUAUGUUGUUGAUGAUGCUGUUAGUGAGGAUGGUGAUGAUGCUGCUGGCGAUGAUCGCCAUCUUCUGGAUGAUCCCGAGAAUCCAUCUUUUGCUCUGAGACUGAAUCCGAAGAAGCAAAGCCAAUUGCUCAUCCCAGCUCAAGUCAUAAAAGACUAUGGCUUGCAUUUCCCUGAGAGUAUCACUAUCGUUGAUCCACUAGCGAAAAAAUUCGGGAUAUUGGAGAAGCACAUCAAGAUUCAGACGAAUGGCAGUGUGUUUGUGAAGGGGUUUGGCAGUAUCAUCAGAAGAAAUAAUAUGAAGACAACGGAUAAGAUAAUAUGCGAGAUCAAGAAGACGGGUGACGAUAACCUGGUUCACACAAUGAAGAUCCACAUUCUUAGUGAAUGAUCAUUCAGUCAUGUAUCUCUUUAGUUAUCUGUUUCAGUAAGUUUUUAAGCUAAAUCAAGACUACUGUUGUUUAAUGAAUUCGUGUAAGAGUCUCUAUUUUAUGAAUCUAAUCAGAUCUAUAUUAUGUCUUGUGUUGUUGACUAUACAAAUCUAUCUAUUCUUGUUCUGUGUGGCUGCCUGCAACAAGUAGUGAAAAAGUCUCCCAGUAGCUUCAUUCAAAUAGAAUGCAUUGUACUUACAUUGUAGGGUCUUCCAUCAAAAUUGGUUUCUUUUCAUGUGGAUAGUAAGAGUAACAUAAUGAACAUGAGGAUGAAACUGCAGCUUCUGUGCUGCGUCAAAAAGAUGAGUUGAAUGUUGUUGUUUCUCAGAAAGUCUUACCUUAAUUAGGAGGAGGAAGUUAUGGUGGUGGUUGUGAGUGGUUCAUGAGAUUGUGGUGGUGGUUCUGAGAUGCGUAGUCAGAUGGGUGGACGACAUAGAGACCGGGCUGAUUCAGAUUGAAAAAGGGCUGAGAAGAAGGAUGAGGUAUAGCUGGCGAUGAAGGCGGGCAUGUAUCUGAGAGUGAGAAUCCUGAUGAUGCUGCAUUUGAAAACAGUGGUGGUGCUGUAGCUGCUACAGCGGUCCCACCACUGGACUGAUCAUGCCCUUGCCAUGUCCUGGCUGGAAAGCUUUGAUGAGAACGUAACAUUAGACCUUUCUCUGGCGUUCUUUCCUGGAGACAAGAAUUGAAUUUUUAGCACAGAGAAUUAUUCAAUGAAAUCCUCAACUUUUCCACUUUAAUGAUGCAGAUAUUACAACACAGAAAUAGCAAGCAACAACAUAGAACAUCACAACAGUAACCAGGUUCUGAACAUCUAUCUAACUAAACUCACUUAUCACAAAAAUUACUCAUAGGUCAAGUAAAGUUUGAAAAGAAAAUUAAAAUUGUCUUUCUAUAUCUUCUGGUGUACUAGUUCUGGACAGUAAUAAACAGUUGGAUAUAAAUGUAUGGCAGUAGCAAACAGUUGGAUAUA